GAAGAACAUCCUUAGGUGUUUCAACCAUAUCCUAGAUUAGUUUUAUUCGAAACUCAUAUCGUUAAAUCUGGCAUAUGGACAACUUUGAAGGGUUCGUAUUGGCUGUAUUUAUCAAGGCAAGGGAUAAAUACAGUAUUUCUGUUUUUUCAGGAGAUGGACUGAUAGCUUCAAAUGGAGACAAGUGGUUCCGGAUGAGAAGACUUCUUACCCCAGCUUUCCACUUCGAGAUCCUCAGAUCAUACGUCCAAGUUUUCCAAGAUUCCACAAAUGUUCUCCUAGUAAUCCGAAAAAAAUACCCCUUUCGGGUGGAGCCUCCUCUUAUAUGCCUUUAUAGGAAGUACCCCUGGGCCAGCUGCAAGCAGUCUAGGGAGAAGUGGUCUGCUCAGGGGAGAGGUGAGGUGGAGCUGUUCCAUUAUGUGAGUCUGAUGACGUUGGAUUCCAUCCUCAAGUGUGCGCUCAGUUACAAUAGUAACUGUCAGAUUCAAGAUAAAAAGAAUCCUUACAUCAAAACAGUUUAUGAAGCAACUGACGAGAUCGUAAGCAGAAUCAUGAACCCUCUUUUACAUUCAGAUGAAAUUUACCGCAUGACGCCUGAAGGACGAAAAUUCGCUGAAGACUGCGCAAUUACACAGGCCAAGGCAAAAGAAGUCAUCAAAGAAAGAAGGACUGCUUUACAAGAUACUGUAAGUGUUCCAAGCAUCUUAUAUCUAUGGGUUAUUGACCAAGCAAUCGAAGCCAUCUCGUGGACAUUGUACAACUUGGCAAGAUUUCCUGAACACCAAGACAAAUGCCGCGAGGAAAUUGAGGAAGUGCUUGGGAGUAAGGAAGAGCUGGAAUGGAACGAUCUUGGAAAAUUAAAAUACGUCCUUCUGUGCAUCAAGGAAAGCAACAGAUUGUACUCUGUUGUCCCCCAGAUCAGCCGUGUGUUGGAAAAACCGUACGAGAUUGAUGGAAAAAUGGUAGAUGAAGGAACAGUGGUAGUAUCUCAAAUCUUUGCUUUGCACCGUAAUCCACAUAUAUGGCAGGAUCCUGAGAAAUUUGACCCUCUUCGUUUCACGAAUGAAAAUAUGGAAGGAAAGUCGCCAUAUGCGUACGUUCCUUUCUCUGCCGGUCCAAGGUAAAAUAAUUUUACACUUCUUUUUUAAACUUCUCCUAAUGGCAUUUAUGACGUUUUUCCAAUAUACUUAUAUUCUAUUAAACGAGCCAAACAAAUCAAAACAAUCGGUUUACAGCACUGCGAUGAGCAGAUGAUCAUAGAUUCGGCUCCCCUCAAGGUCAGAGAUGCAGACUGUUUACGCGGGUGUUGUUCCUCAACUGCACUCAGUCAGGAGCCCAUCACUAGGAGCGAGCAACUACCCCAAAUUCUUGUCACGGCGUUUUCACAGACCUAUUUAUUUUUAGUUUGAAUCUAACGCGAAUUCAGACCCCCGCAGGAACCUCAGGGCCAAUCAUAAGCACGGCCUUAAUUUUUAACUGACGUCA